GUUUUUCCUCAAUUUUUUGUUGUUGAGUUUUCCCCCAAUCAGCGGGCACCGGAAGCUGCGAGAUGACGUCAGGGCCGACGUCACGUAGCGCGGGACUUGAGUUUCCCUUGCUGAGCCGCCCGCUUGCAGGAUAAAGUAGUCUUGCAGACGGAAAGUCACGCAGUAACUUACAUUUCAGACUUCACUAGACGGAAGCUUUUCCAAGUAUGCCCAGUCGAGACGGUGCGAAUUUACCUCCCAGUCUGGCGUGUUUUAAGAAUGUCGAAGCUCUGCUCCGGUGUCCAAUUUGCUUCGAAUAUCUGGGUAUUGCGAUGAUGACAAAAUGCUCCCACAACUUUUGUUCUUUGUGCAUCAGGAGAUUUCUCGCCUACAAGCUGCAGUGCCCAGUGUGUAAUUUAGAAACAACACAACAGGAUCUAAGAAACAACCGCCUGUUGGAUGACUUGGUGGUGAAUUUUCAAGAAGCAAGGCAGCAGUCAUCCAAAGCAAAUUUUGAGUCGCCUCCAGUGUCUCCAGUGAGUUGGGUCUCGGAAGUCAGACGCAGGACUCCGAGAGACGGCUCCAUUCUCAGUCACUUUUUCCAAGGUGGCCCCAAAAAAUCUCCCACCCAAGACACCCAGCGGGUCGGGUUACUCGCUACAAGUGUUGCUCAGGGGGAAAUGCAGACAGCUCGCACCCACGCUACAAAUGAUGUCGACCUACACUCACCGACUGCGCCACCUCUGCUGGGCGUUAAAGAGGAGCCCGUGGAGGAGGAGGUGGUCAUGGACCUGGCAUCAGUUAAGGCUGAAGAGAUGGAUGAUUCAUUCUCAGCACAGCAACCAUCCAAGUCUGACUCUCCGUUACCAUCAGCAGAUAUUAAGCCAGUGAGCAAAGUUGAGUGUCCCGUGUGUUCUGUGGGCGUGUCUCAACAGUUCAUCAAUAAGCACCUUGACAUUUGUCUGACCAGGGGUGAGAAGAAGGAAAGCUUGAGAAGCCCUACAGGAGGUAAAAGGUGUCCCAUGGGGAAGCUAGUGUACACCCUGCUGAGCCUACCGGAGCUGAAGAGAAAGCUGAAGGAGUGCCACCUUUCCAUACAGGGGACCAGAGACCAGCUGACCAAAAGGCACCAGGAGUUUGUGCUUUCAUAUAAUGCCCAGUGUGAUUCACUGAACCCCAAAUCAGCUAGAGAAAUUGCCAGAGAAGUGGAGGCCAACGAGAAGACCAGAAAUCAACUGCAGGGAAACGCCAAACCUGUCAUGCCCUUCUCAAAGAACCAGUCUGAGGAGGAACUUGAGGAGAUGCAUUCAAAUUAUAGGAAGAAGCACAGCAGUGAGUUUGCCCGCCUUAUUGCCCAGGUCCGGAGUCAUCAGAAGAUGACCAGGCAGACUCCGAUCAAAGGAGAAGUUAGUGCAGAGGGAGAUGAGGCCCAAGCAGCACAAACUACAGAUCGAAUUGUAGAAUGGAAGGACAGCACUGUCUCCGAGAGGUGCUUACCGACGAUGUCGGAAGAGACGGAGGUUGACGAGUUGGCAUCCGCAGGAGAGAUGCCAAUUUCAGCCAGUCACUCAUACAGUGAUGUGUCUAUCAGCAGUUCUCUGUCCGACGUAUUUGAUCCAGAACCUGCCAGAGUCAUCAAAGAGCUGGAGAAUAUCACUGUCAGGAAGCGAAGGCCCCGCUCCAGACACGAGGAUGUGGCUCCGCCUGUAAUCCGGGGGAAACGGCGCCGCAAAACCUUAAGGAGAGAGGAAGGACAGGGGGAGUCUGGCCUGCAACACAUCAGCGACAACCUCUGACUGACUUUGAAUCCAGGUUUACAUACUCCUUCCUGUCUGACGAGUUGCACCGUGUACUUUGUAUGUUACAGUACAAGCAAAUACACACUUUAGCCCACAUUGUCACCGAAAUCCUCUUUGACUCGUUCUGACUGUUGAAUAACGGGGUUGAGGCGCUAACACGAAUCCUGCGGCACUACUCACUGUAGCGGAGAUUUAGUGUAGACGGUCAGGAACCACAAACAGAUUUAUAGGCUUGACAGACUGCCUCUCACAGACUGCCUGUCUGCCAGCGCCCCGCCACGUCCUCCUCCCAGUCGUCCAUAUUGUUUUAUGAUGAUGAUAAUCUUUAUUGCCCACAAAUGUGGAAAUUUGCUUUCGGCUUCACGGGCUGGUUAAGACACAUCACAGUAAACACAAUAAUAAAUACACAACAUGCACAGUGCAGACAACGAUAAUGGACGUGGGUCCAGUGUGACUGGCAUUUGCGUUUAGUAAGAAAGACUUUUUGUAAAUGUUCCUGGUUGCUGCUGCUGAGGGGAUGAACAGAAUCAGAUCGUAGGGGUUUUUUGUUUCACCUGUGUUUUAUGUGUACGUCCCAGUUGAUUUAUGCUCUUUCCCAGUAACUUCACUAGCCAUGUUUGUAAUGCUGGGCAGUUGUUUUUUUGAUAUUAUUGUUCGUCAUUUCUUUCUCGGUAUCUUUUGCAGUGUGUUGAGACCCCCUGUAAAGUGCAUUUAAAUUUAAAUUAAACUGAAUUU